GGGAUGUAAGUUGUCAUGGUCAUGAAUAAAAUCAUUUUUGACUCAUUUCUUCUUGGAAAUGAAGUGGAAAUGAAUAAAUCCUCUCUCUACAUGUGAAACUGUGGUCCAUCCAAACAAUCUGGAUAUACAUUGCAUUGGCAAUAUUUCUACCUGCAAAAGCCUGGUUUGGGUUGUACCAAAGGUCCAAAACAUGUUGUUCCUGAGUUUCACAAACAAUCCAAUUACCCUUGAUUUUGCAGCUAACCAAACUUCAAGGUGAAAAAUUAGGCUGAUUUCAUAGAGCACAAACUGUUACAGUUUUGUUCUGGUCUAGUAGGUAGUCAAUACUCAACUGCUAUUAUAUCCAUAGUUCUGUGAUUUUGCCUAUGCUCUUGAGUACCAUAAGACACCAAUGCCCUUGAAUUUCAAAGAUGACCACCUUUCCCUUUCUUCUCAGCUCUUGGUUUGAGCCAAUGGGCAGCACAUUUUGUAAAGUUUGCAUGCAACUCUAACAUUUGUUCUUUAUGCUACAUGAUAUUCUGCUAGUUGAGAUCCACAACUUACUGAUUGUAAAUGGAUCUAACUUGCAAAAUGGAAAAAGGAGACGUUGCAAGAUUGAGUUAGCUGAAGAAGAGAAACUAAUCUCAUCUUUUAUAUUAAAUUCAAUAGGAAUUAAAAAUGCUAGAGUUAUUUAUCCAUCGAAGCAAACCUAGGCCCUGUUUGGAUACGAGGAAUCUGUGGAAAAGAAUUCUUUUUGCAGAAAACUACUGCUGUUUUUUUGUUUACACUGUUUGGAUUGUAAAAGAGUUUAUGUGUAGGUGUGAUUGUGGAUGUUCUCUGUCAAGUAGCAUAAUUUUGAUAUUUACAACCAAUGUGGAUGUUUCCAACACAAUGAAAAUGGCCAUUUGGUAAUAUUCUGCAGAUCCAAUGCAGUUUGGCUGUAUUCCCAUCAUCUUUGUAUUUGAGAGUAUUUCCUUAGUUUCAUUUGUUGAACCUCUUCUUUUACAGGAGAGGCUUAUCUGAAUCAGAAAUAAUCCUUCUGCCUACAAUAGAAGAUAUAAUGCUGGUGAUGAUAUAUGCAAAUGGGACAUAACUCAAUGGCCAUAUUGAAUUGCCUGUUGUUCUCAUAUGCGGUGACUUGCCUGAUGUGUGGAUUUCUAACUCAAUGGUCAAAUGUAUGGCUGUGGUGCUAAACAGUCCCAUAUAUUUAAAUAGCGGCCAAAGGGACUGCUGCAUUAACAAUUUUCCACGAGAAAACAGAGAUUUUCAAGUAGAAUAGAAGACAACAACACAUCCUAAACUGUUAAAGAAGUUCAUCAUGCCACACAUGAAAAUUUUGGUGCUUGAUAUAGGGAAAAGAUAUAAUCAGUCCAUUUAUUUGCAAAAUGAUCUGUUAUGGGCACAAUCACUAAGCAGCUGGUAGAUAGUUAUAUUUGUUGCUUUUCUCAAUGAUGUCCAUUAAAAUGCUGCAGGUUUCUCAUCUGUUCGCUGAAUGGUGUCGGAUUUGUGAACUUCCUGGUAUGAAUGAUGCAUCUUAUGCCCAUUAUAUUUCACAAUUGCAGCAAAGUGGGCUACUUAAAGGUGACGAUAUCACAGAUCGCUUUUUCUGCAUCCUUACGCACACUGUUAUACCUCUUCAGCACCUUGUAAGCUUUGGUCUUAACCUUGUCGGCCGAGCUUUCGAAUUUCAAGACGAUAGCUUGGAGUCUCAUCAGCAUUUCCUGAUAUUUGGAGGAGGUUGCAGGCUAUGCCUUGGCAAGGAAUUGGCUAUAGUAGAGAUUUGUACAUUCCUUCAUUACUUUGUGACUAAAUACAGGUUAGCUACAUGAUUCUCAUGUUACCCUAAGUUUCAAUAUGAAAUUAGAGUUUGAAGAGGACCUUCCAAACAUUAGGUAGGGCUUGUUGUGAACCUUCUUUAGUCUAGAAAUUAGGAUUAUCCACAAAAAACUUCGGCAACAUGCCUAUAUUGAAUAUCUACAUUAACUUUCAUUCUAACUGUUUUAAUUUCUCACAUAAGUACAUGCCACUUGGUAAUCACAACCACCUCAUUUAGAUAAAGGCAUGAUUAUGACAGGCCCCAGCUGAUGAUUGGGCAUGUUCUUGCACAAGUCUAUGAUUGGUACAUGUGCAUGCAUCUGAGUAUCAUUGCUUGGAUCACCUUGGCCUUUCUUUAAGGGACCAUUAGGUUUUUAUCAAUGUUUGAUGUGAAUAUACAUAUCGGGAU